AACUAAAGUCGAAUCAUUAUUCAUUAAUAUUCGAUAUUUGCAUUGUUCAAUUAUUGUUUUACUUCGCUAGACCUCCUCAACUUGCGUCUCACCGCCUUGCACCCUUACAAGUUCCUGUGCUAUUACCGACUGACGACAAUUUAAAUAACUCAUUAAUGCUUAGUACACACUAUCCGCGUAUGUAGUAUGUGUAUUGAACUGGUGUCAACAUUUCAGAAUUACUGAUUAACAACAAUAUCGGGUUUCGAUCUAUCAAGCUAUAACUUUCAAUCCAGAAUUAUGAAAUCAUCAAGUAAUAAUAAGUCAAAUAUAGAUGAUAUAAGCAGAGAAACUCAACGGCUGGUUAGCGAUAGUCAUGUGCAUUUACCUUAUCACAAACCAAAACAAAAGUCAUUGAAAGACUUUCUUAACAGACAGAAACAAACCACUGAGUAUCAAGCAUCUUUAACAGGUUCCAAAAAAUUACUACACAAAGCAUGGGAAUUGAUAGAAAAUAAAGAACAGACUGUUGAAAAAUUUUACAAUGAAGAGAGUGUUCAAGAAGAAAAUAAUGAAGAAGUAUCUUUGGAUAAUAAUCAAGCGGAAAAAAAAUUUUCUUUAAAUGAUAAAAACUACGAUAAAGAUAUUUCACUUAAUGAGAAUCACAAUAAAAGUUUAUAUGAAUUUAAUGACGAUGAAGAAAACUAUGACACUAACUCAAUUUUAGCAAGUGAAUCAUCGUCUGAAGAUGAAGCAAUUGAUGAUGAUGAAGAUGAAGAUAAUUCUAGGCAAGGGGAGAAUUUAUGUCCAGAAGAACCUAUCACUGAAGAUGAAACAGAGAAAGACACUGAUGACGAAUUAAAAAUAAAUAAAGUUAAAACUUUCAUCGAUGAUGAAGCAGAGUUGUCUGAAUUAGAUGGUAGUUCAGAUGAUGAAGACAAUCGGCCUAAUAAUUUUCUUGAUGAAUCAGGAGAUGAAGACUGUGAUAUAGAAUUUUCUAAGAAAAAGAAACGUAGAUUAGUUUUGUUAUCAGAAAGCAGUGAUGAUGACAUGAACAGUAGAGAUGAAAAUCAUUCAAACACAGAAAUUAAAUUAUCACCAAAUAAUGUAUCACCUUUAUUUAAUAAUUCUGAAACUAUUGUUUCUACACAGCAAUUGAUGGGUUUUUGUUCUGGACAAUUCCAAUCCCAACUAUUGGAGGCCAAGGAAGAUGAUAAUCAAGAAGUAGAUGAUUUUGAAGAUAAUUUUGAUUCUGAAGUUACACAAAAUUACGCUGAUAGUAUUACAAAUGAAGAUGAUGAUGAUGUGUCUCUUAAACUAGUUUCAGCUAAAGACUUUUUUGAUUCUGAAGCUUCACAAAACGAUGCUGACAGUAUUACAAACGGAGAUGAUGUUGAUGAUGAUAUGUCUCACAAACUAGUUUCAGCCAAAGACUUAUUUAAUGAUGAUGCUUCACAAAAUUACCCUAACAGUAUUGCAAAUAGAGAUGAUGCUGAUGAUGAUAAUGUAUCUCUCAAACUAGUUUCGGCUAAAGAUUUUUUUGAUGAUGAAGUUUCACAAAAUGACCAUAACAGUAUUACAAAUGAAGAUGAUGCUGAUGAUGAUAAUGUGUCACUCAAGCUAGUUUCAGCGAAAGAUUAUUUUGAUGAUGAAGCAGAAUUAUCUGAAUCAGACUGGAGUUCUGAUGAUGAAGAUAGAUUAGUUGGUUUAAAUGACAAAUUAGAAGAAGAAGAAGGUGACAAAGAUAAGCUAGAUGAAAAUAUUGUCAAAGAUGGAUUAGACAAGAUAUAUAUGCGCCAACUUUUGGACGAUGAUAAGCAGCAAGUCACUGCGCUCAAAGAAAUGCUUCUUGAAGAUGGUGAAUUAUAUUCAGAAUCCAACCGAAAAAGAAAAUUUCAAUGGGACGAUGCUGAUCAAAGUGAUGUUGCUCUAAAGAGACCAUUAUUCUCAGACAAUGAAGAUGAUAAUGAAGAUGAUGUAUUAAGUGAUGAUGAUAAGACAGAACAGUGGAGACAUGAACGUUUCAAGCGUGAAUCUUAUUUAUCAGAAAAAAAUAAAUAUUCUGAUGAGGAUGAAAGUAAUGAAGAUGAAGAAUCAAGUAAUAUUUUACAAACAUCUGUAUCAGUUGUGAAAAAAACCCACGUUGUGAAGUAUACAAAUGGUAAAAGUAAGCUAAUAUCAAAAAUAUCUGAUAGUGAAAAUAAAAAUGAAUCAACACAGUUAAAUGAAAUUAUUGAUGAAACUGAUCCAAAUAGUCAAACUUUAAGUACAAAGUCAACUGAUAUGACUAAAAUUAAUAAAAUAACAACUAAUGAUUAUGCUGACCUCCAAGUUCUUAACGUAAUCACAUCAAAACAUAAUAAAUGUAUAAAAGGAUCAUUCAUGAAACGUACUGGUGACAAGUUGACUAAUACAUUGUUGUUUGUUAAUAAAAACAUAACUAAUAAUGAUGGAACAAACUCAAAAAAGUAUGAAGAAAAAAAAGAAAUGAAGUCAUUAAGUACAAUCACAGCCACUGCUACCAGUAAUCCAUUUGCAUAUUUGAUGAGAAAUGACAAGAAAAAUGAAGUUGGUGUUGAUUUAAUGAAAAUAGAGAAAACAGAUAAUACUAUUAAUCUUAAUAAUACAUCUAUUAUUGUUAAAACAACCUCACAGCUUCAUCGAGAGAAAAGUCAACAAACAGUCCGACCCAUCAAAUCAACUAACAGCAUAUUGAAACAAUUUGAAUAAUUAACUUGUAAUUUACAUUCAUGCUUUCUAACAGUUAUAGGUUAAGUUAGUACAUUAAUCCUAAGUUUUGUAUAUAAUCAUGUGAAUUUAUGUUUUUAUUAUUUCAAGAUAAUUUAAAAGUUAUUAUAUUAUACCAAUAUGUUUUACAAAAAUUAGUACAUUUAAUGUACUUAAUUUGUAAUAAUACUUAAUGACAUAAAUAAAUUAAAAUUAUUUAUGUUUAUAAAAUUUAAAUUUUGUUGUUUGAAGUUGAAAAUAUAUUGUCAGCCUAAGUAAAACUGUUAAAUUUCCACAAAAUAGCGGUUUGUUCAGACACAAGUGUAGCAAUAAUAUUUUAAACUGUAAAAAUGUCUGCGUGUUUUUUACAUAGAACAUAAUUACCUCACCAAUGUAUACAAUAAAAAAACUGUUUUUAAUCAAAUAUAACAAUUAUAUUGAAUAUUUUAGCAAAACUACAAA